AACUUCCACACUGAUGACCAUGCAACCAUUAAUAUUAAUAGCAGGGCUUCUGGCCCUGGGGGUAGAAGGUUCACAACCUUCUGCGCCAAAGCCAGUUGCGGCACCCAUGAGGGAGCUCCCCUGGGGACAACUGAACUUCCUAGCUACGACGGAUACCCAUGGGUGGCUGGGAGGCCAUUUACAAGAAUCCCAAUACUCGGCCGACUGGGGAGACUACAUAUCUUUCACUGAGCACAUGCGGGCAGAUGCCGACAGACGGGGCGUUGAUUUACUAGUCGUCGACACAGGCGACAGAGUAGAAGGCAACGGGCUGUACGACGGAUCAGCCCCGAAGGGGUUAUAUAUAAACGACAUACUUCAACAGCAAGACAUUGACAUCCUCUGCUCCGGCAACCACGAGCUCUACAAAGUGCCUACCUCAGAGAGGGAGUACAACCAGACCGUCGCCAACUUCCCCGAGCAGUACAUCGCCUCCAACAUCGACAUCCUGCACCCCACGACCGGCCAGCGCGUCCCCCUCUCCCGGCGGUACCGGCAAUUCAAGACCAAGAACCAAGGGAUCCACGUCCUCGCCUUCGGGUUCCUCUUCGACUUCACCGGCAACGCGCACAACACCUUCGUGCAGCGCGUCGAGGACACGGUGAAGGAAGACUGGUUCCAGCAGGCGAUCCGCGAGCACGUCGACAUCUUUGUGGUGAUCGGCCACGUCCCCCCUCACUCCCCGGAGUACCAGGCCGUCUUCUCCACUAUCCGGAGCCAGAAUUGGGACACGCCGAUUCAGUUCUUCAGCGGGCACAGCCAUGUGCGUGAUUUUGCGAAGCUGGGUGAUAAGGCGUAUGCGCUGCAGAGCGGGCGGUAUAUGGAGACGGUGGGGUGGAUGUCGGUGGAUGGGAUUAAGAUUGGGGGGAAGGAGGUGGAUGCGGAGAGGGGGAUGAAGUUCCAGAGACGGUAUAUCGAUAAUAACCUCUUCGGAUACCACCACCACAGCGGACUGAACGCGUCCACCUUCCCCACCGAGCGCGGCAUGAACGCCUCCCUCGCCAUCGCCUCAGCGCGGAAGUCUAUGAAAUUAGAUAAAGUUUUCGGAUGCGCACCAGAGGACUUCUGGGUAAACCGCGCGCCCUACCCCAGCCCAACCAGCAUCUUCAGCCUCCUCGUCGACUCGAUCCUGCCCUCGAUCCUCACCCCCGCCGACUCCCCCGCGAAACCCCGCAUAGCCAUCUUCAACACCGGCGGUCUCCGUUUUGAUAUCUUCAGAGGCACCUUUGCGAAGGACACCACCUACCUCAUCUCCCCCUUCGACAACUCCUUCCGCGUCAUCCGCGACGUGCCCUGGGACGCGGCGAAGAAGGUGCUCCCCCUCAUCAACGCGGGGGGGCAGGUAUUCGCUGCUGACUCCGGGUCGCUCGAGGAGUGGAGACUCGCGCCGCCUCAGCAGAUGGGAGUUCAUGCUGACAUCGUGGCCGAGGAAGGCGCGUCGCACUGGUCGCGCGGCGGGGCGCAGAUGCCGUUAGGAGGCGGAAGCGGAAGGGAGGAUGAGAUGCCGCUAAUCCCAGGCUACACGACCACCGACGACGGCGGGAAAGACGGGGACGACACAGUGCACGCGCCGCUGUCGUUCUACCGCGUCCCGAACGUGGUGGAGGCGCGGAUGGGGUUCUCGACGGACGUGAGCGUGCCGGAGCCGGAGACGGUGGAUGUGGUGUUUGUUGAUUUCGUGGAGCCGUGGGUGCUGCUUGCGCUGCGGUUUGCGGGGAGGGGGUACGAGAAGGGGGAGGUGGAGGAGUGGAUGGGUGGGAGGGGGUUUACGAGUAUGUUGGUUGACUGGGUGGCGCGGGUGUGGGGGAAGGGGGAUGGGGAGGGGGGGUGUUAG